UGCCCCAUCAUAGGUGUCAGUGGGGGGAAUAGUGCCCCAUCAUUGGUGUCAGUGGGGGGAGGAAUAGUGCCCCAUCCUUGGUGUCAGUGGGGGGGGAGGAAUAGUGCCCCAUCCUUGGUGUCAGUGGGGGGAGGAAUAGUGCCCCAUCCUUGGUGUCAGUGGGGGGAGGAAUAGUGCCCCAUACUUGGUGUCAGUGGGGGGAGGAAUAGUGCCCCAUCGUUGGUGUCAGUGGGGGGAGGAAUCGUGCCCCAUCCUUGGUGUCAGUGGGGGAGGAAUAGUGCCCCAU